AACAACUUCUUCUUGUAAGAAACCCCUUACCAGACAAAUCCCAUUCUCGCUUUUUAUAUAUUUUUCUCUAUCUCCCGUCCCUACUCCAAGGACUUUCCCUCUUUGUUUUGUUUCUCCCUCACAAAUAUUGUGCUCCUUCUUCAUCUCAAGGUUACAAAAGAAGAAAUCGAAGUUGGCUGCGGCGCAGAAAGGCCAUUGGACCCCUUUAUGCCAGUGGGGAUUGGCCCCUAAUCGGAGGUGUGGUGCGAGGAAAACUCCUCGAACGCUUGGCUUUGCUUCUCUUUCCUUGUUCCUCGAGUUCCUCCAUAUAGUUCAAAUUGAAGAAGGAAAGCUUUUGUUUAAACCACUCAUUGUUUUGGCCCAAUUACAAUGUCGAGUCCCAACAACCUUGCUCUUGACUAUGAAGCUCUGGCUGAGAAGAAGCGCAAAGCACUCGUCGACAUGCACCGUGGUGAGGGGUCAUCAAAAAAAGCUAGGAAUGAGGAUAUUUCCGAAGGAAUUAUGGAUGAAAUAAUGCAAGCCAUGAACUAUGGUAGUCGGAGAAAAUCAAGCAAGCCUAAGAAACGGGGCAGGCGAAUGGGAUCCAAGAAUAAACUGAGCCCCAUAAUUAAGAGCAUGGUUGGAGAUGCUACACUUCACUAUGGAAAUGGCCGUUUCAAAGAGGCCAUAUCUGUUUUGAAUGAAGUUGUUAGGCUUGCACCAAAUUUUCCUCAUUUAUAUCAUAUGCUUGGACUUGCUCAUAAAGCUCUUGGUGAUAAUAAAAGAGCUUUUCAGUUCUACAUGCUAGCAGGACUUCUUAAGCCAAAAGAUCCUGAUCUGUGGAAACUGCUUUUUACCUGGUCCUUAGAGCAACAGAAUGUUAGUCAGACCUGCUAUUGCCUUUCUAAAGCAAUAAUAGCAGACCCUGCAGAUAUUGGUUUAAGAUGUCUUCAAGCAUCACUUUAUGUUGAGCUUGGUGAUAAUCAGAAAGCAGCUGAGUCAUAUGAACAAAUUCAACAAAUUUCUCCUGAGAAUGUUGAAGCAUUGAAAAGUGGGGCUAAGUUAUACCAAAAGUGUGGUCAGAUUGAACGAUCUGUUGCUAUUUUGGGGGACUAUCUUGAGGGUCAUCCAGAGGAAGCUGAUUUGAGUGUGAUUGAUCUUCUUGUUGCUAUGUUGAUGCAAAAUAAUGCAUAUGAAAGGGCUCUUCAGCAAAUUGAGCAAGCCCAAGUUACAUACUAUUUGGGAAAAGAACUGCCUGUCAACUUGAAAACUAAAGCAGGAAUCUGCCACAUUCACCUGGGAGAUGCAGAGAAGGCCAAGAUGUUCUUCAGUGUGUUGCAAUUCAGUAGAGCACAUGAUCAUGCUGACUUUAUUACUGAGGUUGCGGACACAUUUAUGACUCUUGGGCAUUUUAACUCUGCAUUGAAGUAUUACUAUAUGUUGGAGAAUGAUGAUGGAGUCGAUGAUGAUCAUUUACAUCUCAAAAUUGGUCACUGUUACUUAUCCUUGGGAGAAAGAAUGCAAGCAAUCAAGUUUCUUCAAAAGGCUCUGCAACGACUAGAGAACAAUGUUGAUGCUCGUUUAAAUUUGGCUUCCCUUCUUGUUGAAGACUCUAAAGAAGAUGAAGCAAUUUCUUUGCUGUCUCCUCCCAAAAAUUGUGAUUUACACAAUAUUGACCAGAAUUCUGGGACAUCUAAACCAUGGUGGCUCAGUGAGAAAAUAAAACUGAAGCUUUGCAACAUUUAUAGAGCUAAAGGGAUGAUUGAGGAAUUUGUCAACACAAUUCUCCCUUUGGUUCGAGAGUCACUUUAUAUUGAAUCUCUUGGGCUGAAGAUAAAGGUGAAGAAAAGGCUAAGAGAGAGUGUUCUAUUUGAAAGAGUCAAAAAAGUUGAUGAUCAGCAACCUGAUGGUGUAUUUUGUGGGUCAAGACCGAUAGUAACUCCAGCAGAUAGGCUGAAAGCUUCCAGAGCUAGAAAGCUGCUGCAAAAGAAAGCAGCUUUGAAGGAAGAAAAGAAAGCAGCUGCAAUUGCUGCAGGACUUGAUUGGCAUAGUGACGAUACCAAUGAUGAAUCUGAGGAAGAACAUGUUAAAGAGCCACCUUUGCGUAAUCUUCUGAAAGAUGAGGAGCAUCAACACCUAGUCAUAGACUUGUGCAAGGCAUUGGAAUCUUUACAAAGGUAUUAUGAAGCGUUGGAGAUUAUCAAACUUGCAUUGAAAUCAGGUCAUAACAUUUUGCCUGUUGAGAAGGAGGAACAGCUUCGAUCACUUGGAGCACAAAUGGCAUACAGCACCAUGGAUUCCAAGCAUGGGUUUGACUGCAUAAAACACAUUGUUCAGCAGCAUCCUUACAGUAUUACUGCUUGGAACUGCUAUUACAAAGUAAUCCCAAGAUCAGGAAAAAGUUAUUCAAGACAUUGUAAGUUUCUACGUUCUAUGCGAAGCAAACACAAUUCUGUACCAUCUAUCGUUAUUUCUGGCCAUCAGUUUACCAUGGGUAGUCAUCAUCAAGAUGCUGCUCGAGAAUACCUUGAAGCUUAUAAGUUGUUGCCAGAGAAUCCCUUAAUUAAUUUGUGUGUUGGGACUGCAUUAAUCAACUUAACUCUUGGGUUUAGACUCCAAAACAAGCAUCAGUGUCUUGCACAAGGUUUAGCAUUCCUCUACAACAAUCUCCGGCUUUGUGAGAGCAGCCAGGAAGCAUUGUAUAACAUUGCGCGGGCUUGCCAUCAUGUGGGACUUGUGUCUCUAGCAGUUGCAUAUUAUGAAAAGGUGUUGGCAACGGUUGAGAAGGAUCAUCCUAUGCCAAAACUUCCGAACGAGAAUUGGGAUGGGUUAGAGAAUCAGAAAGAUGGGUAUUGUGAUCUUGGGAGGGAGGCAGCUUUCAAUUUGCAUUUAAUCUAUAAAAAAUGUGGAGCAAUGGAUCUUGCUCGUCAAGUCUUGAGAGAUCAUUGCACCUUUGAUUAAUAUUUAUUUUACUACAGAAAUUGUGCUACUUUUAGUACUUUUGCAUGUGAACUUUAGAUCUCCAGGGGUAACAAUCACCUUGAUCUAUUAAUAUGUAAAUGGUUUUAGGAUCUUAAUCUUACUCAUCUCCAAUGGGAACAAGAAUGGAAAAUGUGUAUUAUGUUGUGGAUCUGAGAAUGAGGAUUAGGAUUGG